AUGACGACACCACUCAAGCUCCGCAACUUCACAGACGAAGAAGAUAUCUUGCUUCUUCGGCAGGCGCUUGCUGGGCGCGAGGGGUUUGGACGCCCCGACUUCGACGCCAAGAAGGCCAACAACCGCUUUAACGCACUCAUUGAAGCUCAUCGCAAGAGCAACCAAGAAUCAUCUCGUGCCUCCGGCAUUUCGGAAGAAGUUAUCAAGAAAGUUAUGCUGCUGAAUGAACUGCUGUCGACCCUUGACGAUGCCAAGGAAGAAGAGGUACAGCGCAUUGCGAGUAUGAAAAAUUUGCAAGAGCACAACGAGAACCUCAGCAGUAUCGUUCGAGAGGAAGCCAUGCAGUCGCUGGGAAAAAGGAAGGUCGACCCUGAUGACGACGUUGUUUCUCGCGGAGGUGGUGGCAAGAUGAUGAAAGUGAUGGCUAUGAUGCAUGAGCAGGCGAGGUCGGACUUGGAGUUUCAGCGCUAA